AUGGGAGAUUUUUUUGGUGGGAAGUUGCCGGGGAAGAUUGCGACGAUUUUCGCGCUGUUGGUGCUGUCGCGAGUGGGGACGUACAUUCCGAUCAGCGGCGUCGAUAGGGCGGCGUUCGCGGAGUCGCUCGCGGGAGGAGGGGGGAUGAUGGCGUACGCCGAUACGCUCACGGGAGGGAGCAUCUCUAAGCUUGGGAUUUUUUCGCUCGGGAUCGUGCCGUACAUUAACUCGAGCAUCAUCUUUCAGUUGCUGGGGAGCGUGUUUCCAGAGUUGAAAAAGUUGCAAAAGGAAGAGGGCGAGGCGGGACGGCGCAAAUUUCAACAGUAUCAAAGGUACGGCGCGCUUGGAUUUGCCAUCGUCCAAGCCGUGGGUCAGUGCUUGUACGUGCGCCCCUUCGUCGAGGAUUUCACGCCGAUUUGGUUGUUUGAACAAAGCUGCGCGCUGACCGCCGGCGCCAUGAUUCUCAUGUACAUCGGCGAGCUUUUGAACGAAAUCAAACUCGGUAACGGGACGUCUUUAUUGAUUUUUGCCAACAUCGUCAGUGCUUUGCCGUCUUCCGUGGGUCAAACGGUGUCAAUGGCUCAAGAAAAAGGUGACUCGUCUGUGCUCGCGGUGUUUUUCGGCGCUUUCGCGCUCACGACGUUGGGAAUCGUGUACGUUCAAGAGGCUGAACGUAAGAUUCCGAUGAACUAUAGCACGCGAUUCAACGCUGGUGGUUUGGCUAAGUCAUCAUACCUGCCGUUCAAAGUGAACAGCGCCGGGGUGAUGCCGAUUAUUUUUGCUUCUUCUUUGCUCGCGUUGCCCGCGACGCUCACGCGCUUCACGGACAACGGCGCCGUGCUCGGCGUGGCGCGGUUCCUUAGCCCUGGUGGUGGUGCCGGCUACGUCCCGGUGAACGUCGCUAUGAUUUGCUUCUUCAAUUACUUUUACACCUUCCUCCAACUCGAGCCGAAGGAUGUCGCAGAUCAGCUCAAGCGCCAGGGCGCCUCCAUCCCGGGCGUUCGUCCCGGCGCCGCGACACGCGAUUACAUCACUCGGGUCUUGGAGCGUUUGUCGGUUUUAGGAAGCGUAUUCUUGGGAGCGCUCGCCUUGACUCCGGGUGCGGUAGAGCAAAUUACCGGCUUGCAAACUUUCCGCGGUUUUGCGGGCACUUCCUUGUUGAUUCUCGUAGGCGUCGCCACGGAUUCCGCUCGCAAGGUACGAUCCGAGCUCGUCAUGGAAUCGUACGAUACGAAGCUGGAUGAGUUCUACUCGUCCAAGCCGAAGAAGUAG